AUGGACCCUUUGACUGCCCUCGGCCUCGCGGCAGCCGUGGUGCAAUUCGUCGGCUUUGCUUCUCACCUGGUCUCCAAGACCAAAGACAUUCAGGAAUCCGUAACUGGGCAAAGCGAGCAAGCAGCGACCCUAGAGACAGUCUACACCCAGCUACAGGAUCUAAGCUCUCGGCUGGAGCUGUCUUCAAGACGUGAUCCAAAACUCGAAUUAGUCGAAGGGUCGACCGACCUCGUGAAGCAUGUCUUCGCCAUCAACGACUUGUCACGGAUUUGUGAAGGCGACUGCCAGAGGCUUCUGGAUAUCGUGCGCAAGCUCAAGGUAGUUGGUGAUUCAAGUCGCCGAUGGCAGAGCUUCAGAGUUGCCUUGAAAACGUUCUGGAAGGGUAACGAAAUUACCGACCUGGAGCAGCGACUACACAACACGCAGACAACCCUGACGCUCCACGUAUGCUCGCUGACAAGUUACUGGCACCAUAACUUCGACCGGCAUCUCAGAGAACUUCGCAAUGAGAGCCAGCGACUGAAUGCGCAACAAUCGGGGAGGCUCGACAGAAUCGCUAGGAUACUUGGAGAGCUGAGUGAGCGGGUCGCAGUGAGCAGAUCGUCACCGAUGCCCAAUCUGCUUAGUUCGUCAGACAUUGCAGGCCUGGAGGAUCAGAUGGCGCAGUUAUCGCUGUUCAAGGCGGCCGCGGCUAAGGAGCACCUGAUCCUCAAGUCGCUCAGCUUCAACAGCCGACCCAUCCGGUAUAGCUCGAUUCCGGAAGCCCACAACCGCACGUUUGAAUGGGUGUUUGAGGGCCAUCAGUCAAGAAGCAAGGGGGACACGGCGACUGGUGGCCUGCUUACGUGGCUAAGAGAAGGGGACGGCUUCUUUUGGGUGUCGGGGAAGCCCGGUUCGGGCAAGUCGACAUUCAUGAAAUUCGUGGCAGAUCAUCCAAGCACCUUGGCUUCCCUUACGCGCUGGGCAUCUCACAGGCGUAUAGUCCUGGCAAGUCAUUACUUCUGGAGCGCCGGCACGCCGAUGCAGAAGUCUCAGAAGGGCCUCCUACAAUCGCUUCUGUACGACAUCUUCCGGCAGCUCCCAGAUCUCAUCGAGUCGGCUUGCAUCGAGCGGUGGCAGAAGACCGUAGAACAGCUUAGCUACGAACCGUGGCUUGUACCGGAGCUACAACGCGUCUUCAAAAGAAUCGCCAGCCACGACGUGACUGCCAAGUUCUGCUUCCUCAUCGACGGUCUCGACGAGUUCGAAGGUGACCACCUCGACUUUUGCCGCAGCCUCCACGACCUCGCGCAGUCGCCUCAUGUAAAGUUCUGUGUCUCAAGCCGGGCAUGGAACGUCUUCGAGGACUCAUUCGGUCGGGUUGGUGCGUCGAAGCUGUACAUUCAUGAGCUGACCCGCAACGAUAUUCGCAGUUAUACCGAGCGGCGGCUCCUAGACCACCCCCGAUGGAAGGAACUCGAAACUGAGGUUUCCGACGCCACAUGGCUAAUUGAAGAGAUUACUGAACGAGCAGCUGGCGUGUUUCUCUGGGUCUUCCUGGCCACCGGGCAGUUACGCAACGGCCUGACUGAGUACGACACCUUCUCUGACAUGCAACGCCGGCUUGAGAGCAUCCCUGCCGACCUGGAGGCCUUUUUCAAACAGAUUCUCCAGUCGGUAGAGCCAUUCUAUCACGAGAAGAUGGCUUCGACGCUACAAGUUGCUCUAGAAGCUAGGGAGCCUGCGCCUGUGGCGAUCUACGGGUUUCAUGACGCUGAGUAUGAGAAUAAGGAAUAUGCUCUUGAGCUUCCGUUGCGAGCGUUGAGCAUAGAAGAGGCCGCUACCAAGCGGAAACAGAUAACCCGCCAACUGAAUGGGCGUUGCCGUGGACUCCUCGAAGUCAAUCUCCUCAGUCAGCGUGUAGAAUUUCUCCAUCGGAGCGUCAUGGACUUUCUGAGAACAAGAGACAUGAGCAAGUUCUUGUCAGAAACAGCUCCCCGCAACUUCGAUGCGAACCUUUCCCUCCUUCGAGGAUACACGGCCUAUAUCAAAAGCACUGAUUUCCCGGAAUUCGUCGACCGGACAGCUUUUGCCCAGUUUACCAGCUCGUCUCUCAUAUCAGCUCUAGAAGAAGCUGUGAUCCAAGCACGUGAGCUCGAGAAGACCACGGAAGCCUAUCUGCUCCUCGACGAACUUGAUCGAUGUAUUCCUGAGAUGCAUAGAAAGGGACAGGCAAGGCUAAACGUGUGGGGGAAUCCGUCCAAUCCAGUCGCGGUCUUUUUCCGGGAGCUGAUAGUCAAGAACUGCCUGGUCGAUUACCUCAGCCGAACACUACCAAGCCAGCCCAAUUAUUUCAUUGAUUUCGAGAAGCCGGUUUUGACAUCCGUGAUAGAGUCACUCAUGAUACACUGCACGUCUUCACGGCAGUUUGGCGAAAAUGUCGAAAUGCUCGAAUGUCUAUUGGAGAAUGGCUGUAAUCCCAAUGCCAUUUAUCACGACAUUACUAGAACCAAGGACCGAACACGAACGCCGUGGAAAGAUCUUACAGAUUUGUUAUCAAUGCCUGCCAAUUAUUAUUCUCCGGUAUACACUAGUUCUAGUUUUAGACAGACUGCUAUGAAAGAUGGGCGGCCCUCAAUGCUCAUGCUCAAGUAUGGAGCAAAUUCAAAUGCCUGGGAAGCAGGGUACCAGACAGGAGUGGAUAGCAGACAGGUAUUAACAAGUAGGAAGUCACCAUGGGUUUGGAAUGUAGAGUAUCAGAGAUAUUAUAAUAGCGCGACUCAGGAAUGGGAAGAGUUAUAA